GUUCGCAAGAACCGGACAGAACCAGGAGCAACCCACCACUGCUCUAGUCCUUCUUUUCAUUAAACUAGACAUACCCAAUUCCAGCAACCGUUCUUCAUAUGUUUUAGCCUCCAGUCUCCUCAUCGUCUUUGUUGCUCUUCUCUGCACUCUCUCUAGAGUCUCUUUUUUACAUCGUCGCAACCAAAACUGGAUGUCAUAUUCCAAGUGUGGCCUUACCAAGGCAUUAUAAAGUGGUAUUAGCACUUCACGUGAUAUUGAAUUUUAGAAAACGUAGCUCUUCCAGAUAGCAGAUGGAAAAGAGCUCAACAGGGCCCUUCGAGGCUGUGGGAUAAUACGGCCUUUUAAGGCAGCUGCAUCGUCCACCACCAGGCAUUCCUACUCUGGAGGGUUACAUCACAGACCCUGCCAUCUACAAAACUCCAUUGGCCACCUCCCAUUGUCUCCCAUUGUUAUCUCAGAAUGCAGCAAAUAUUAGGUGAUGGGGGGAGCUCACAACUGGGAAAGGCUGCAAUGGGAGGCCACCGUUUUGAUUGGCGUCAGUGGUAGCUGACCCACGUCUGCUUCUGUGGAGCCGGAUGUCUCUGUGAAUACCCGGGCCCAUGGGAAAGCCCCCCAAAAAGAAAUUGCCACUCCCCGAGCAAAAUAUCCAAAGAUCUGCUGUGGAGCACAAGUUGGAAACCGGGGACUAUCAGGAGCCGAGUGCCGUGGCUUGUCCUAAUCCUUCCGGGGCUCCCCCUGUGGAAGUCGGUGACCCCUUGGAAAUUUCAUGGAAGACUUUCCUCUCGGUCCUGAGGUCCAUGGAAGAAUGCUCAGAAAAUAUGAGGAAUUCGUUGGUGCCGCAGUUCAUCACUUCCCAGCCCGUCCUGCCCAGAAAGAAGAUUAGUGCCAAGCCUGAAAAAAUUAGGAAAGGACGAUCAAGUGCUCUCCCGGUUAUACUGAAACCUGGUGAAAAACCCAACCUUCUAAUCCAAAAGGAAAGGGAGCUGAGUGCCACUGUUCACAAUUCCAAGCCAGAUGGAGGAAAAAGUAGAAUUGGAUCAGGACACGUCGAUCCCUGCGGAAAGACUCCUAAAGGAGACAUAUGUUAUACAGCAAGCAAAACCAAGUUAGAACCAACAUCAUGUGAGACGAGUUACACCCAAAUAGGUUUGCCUCUACCAGAGCCUAAAACCUUAGUCCAAAAACAGAGGGAGGUGCCAACUUUAAUUUCCCAAGAAAACACAUCUCUAACUCACAAAUUCAAGAAAGGAAACAUAGGACUGUCAAAUUCUAAGAUAGCAGCGCUGUCUCGUCCUAAAUUGCCGUCUCAAGAGAGUAGCCGACGUGGAGCCAACAGAAUUUUCCGACAGAAAUUAAACAGCAAUAUCAACGCCCUCCCUCAUUUGGACUGUCCAGCCAAAUCAAGUUUGGUGACAUCUGCUUUAAAGCCUCUACAGCAAGAUGCACUUUUCCCACAAAUAGCCACCAAAACUUUUCAGUCUAUGACAACUCUGCAUUCGGAUAACCGAUCUCAAGUCCAGCCGUUUCCUCCCACCCUCUCCGAAAACAUCCCCAGAGGGCUGAGCAGUAAAUCUGGAGACAUCGAGAAGACUCACAACCUCAAGUUCCCACUAACUUCAGCAGAAGCCUUGAAACAUUUUAAAAACCAACUCACCCUGUAUGAACAACGAGAAAUCAAGGACUAUAAAGAACUGUGGUUUCUUGGCCUGGGCGCAAAGAAGAUUGAGGGCUACAUCGAUUCAGAGAACAGCAGCACUUACGAUGAUGACCAUGGUUCCUAUAAAAAGGUACUAAGCGAUCAUAUUGCAUAUAGAUACGAAAUCUUGGCUAUAAUUGGGAAAGGCUCCUUUGGCCAUGUUGUGAAGUGUUUGGACCACAAGACCGGUGAAAAAGUAGCAGUGAAAAUAAUAAGGAACAAAAAGAGAUUCCACAGUCAGGCUUUGGUUGAAGUUGGCAUCUUAAAUUCACUACGGCAAAAGGACCAAGAUAAUACAUAUAACGUCGUCCACAUGAAAGAGUAUUUUUGCUUCCGUAAUCAUUUCUGCAUCUCCUUUGAAUUAUUAGGUUUAAAUUUAUAUGAAUUAAUCAAGAAAAAUAAUUUCCAAGGUUUUACUUUGGGCUUGAUUCGCCGUUUCACCCAUUGCAUCUUAAGAUGUUUGCAACUCUUAUACACGGAAAAAAUCAUCCACUGUGAUCUGAAGCCUGAGAACAUAUUAAUAAGCCAAUCUUCAGCUGGACAAAUUUCAUUCAAAGUUAUUGAUUUUGGAUCGAGCUGCUACGAACAUCAAAGAGUGUACACUUACGUCCAAAGCCGGUUUUAUCGUUCUCCAGAAGUCAUCCUGGGCCACCCGUAUACAACCUCAAUCGAUAUGUGGAGCUUGGGUUGCAUCAUGGUUGAGCUCUACACGGGGUACCCCCUUUUCCCAGGGGAAAAUGAAGUGGAGCAGCUUGCCUGCAUUAUGGAGAUCUUAGGACUUCCACCAUCCGAUUUCAUUCAAACUGCAUCAAGAAAACGAACGUUCUUUGAUUCCAACGGUGUUCCGAAAAGCGUCACAAACACCAGAGGGAAAAUAAGGAACCCAAAUUCCAAAGAUCUAAGCACCGUCUUGAAAACGCAUGUUGGCUCCUUUCUGGAUUUUCUCAAGAAGUGCCUCGUAUGGAAACCUUCUUCGCGCAUGAUUCCGGAAGAAGCCAUCCACCACACUUGGAUGGAAGAACCGUGGCCGCCCAGACUGAAACAGAAGCCCAAGACGGCUACGAAGCUGAGCGAGACAACUUUCUACACCCCGGAGAAGAAAAAGGAAAACGCUCAUAAAAAUACACAGAUAGAAAAAGGAGAUGACAUCGCUCGGCAACAGUCCAGCACAGAAGUAAAAUCCGACCCACCUGAAAAAUUACCGGUUUCACAUCAAAAACUUUCUCCCGUUGCAUUGUCCGAAGAAGUAAAUAAAGAGGAAAAUCAAGAGUCAGUUAAACCAGAUACUCCAGCAAAGGAAACAGAACCUCUGAAUGAUAAAGUGGCUAAAAGAGAUCACAGGCCAGGGAAGGUCUUGCGAAAAAAUAUAAGCAUCUUACCACCCAUUAAGUACAAGCAGUGAUUGAUUCUCUUUCCGUACAGUUUCUAGAUAAAUAUUUUGCUGUAACGUGUUCAAGAACAGAAAUUUAAUGCAUCUCUCUCUCUAAUCGUGGUCUGUGCACUUUUAUUGGCGGUGUUGGUCCUUAGAUGGGACUAUAGACCUCCCGGUCUCCUGGUUUCUAAUAAACUGAAUUCACAUGUGCCGGAUAUUGAAUCAUGGACUCCUAAGGAACUUGUCAGGCUCCAAAAAAAAAAAAGAAAAGAAAAGAAAAGAAAAGAUCAUGCUAUGAAAAUAUAGUAAUUUGUGUAUUCAAGCAAUAAAUCGUGGUUUGUUCAUUAAAGCGAGCUGAAAAUUUAUCAGGGAGCGAAAAUCGCAUACCAAAGGCAUGAAUAGAUUUGUAGACGAAUAGAAAAAGGUUUAAUAAAUGUGAAGAAGAAAUAGCGCUACAAAUUCAAGAUAAAUAUCAUCUGUAAAAUGGUUU